UUUACACUAAAGCCUGUCCGUUAAUCUCUUCUGUCCGGUUGCAGAGAUCCAUCCUCCUGCAGUCAGCUGGUACUGAAAACACUCUGAGACACACACACACACUGCUCUGACGGUGAUCAGGAGGAAGCUGCUGCUAGCGUCAUGGCGAUGAAGGUGGAUUUAAACAGCAUCAUAGAGCAAAUGGAGACAGGAGAGCAGGACUCAGCUUUGACGGCUCUGCAGAGCUACAACCGGGAGAUGAACCACUGCUUCACAUUCAGCAAGGAAGAUGAGCAGGACAGAAAGAUCCUGGGGGAGUUGGUGCUGGGGUUCCUGAACAGGGACCUGCAGCCCUCCUGUCACCUGGCCUGUCUGGAAACGGUCAGGAUCCUGUCCAGGGACCCUCUCUGCCUGGAUCCCUUCGUCAGCCGCUCUGCCAUGUCCACUCUGGCCCGCUUCGCCGGCAUCGCCGUAUCCAGUCCUGCCACCGGGGGCCACAACCAGCCUGAGGAGGGCCAAGCUGAGGGUGAGGAAGGAGAGAGGGUAGAGGCAGCAGAAGAAUGCAACGAAGAAGGGAAGGAAAACUCCCCCCCUUCAGAAAACGCAGACCAGGAAGUGAUUACUGAGGCUCUCAAGUCCAUCUGCAACCUGCUGCUUCACAACGAGACAGGACAGGUGGUAGCAGCAGAUCUCCAGCUGAUAAAGGGCGUGGCAGAGAGGCUGAAGCAGUGUCAUGAUCCCAUCUGGAACCAUGAGGUGCGUUUCUUUGACCUGCGUCUCACCUUCCUGCUGACGGCCCUGAGAGUGGAAGUCAGAGCACAGCUGGUCCAGGAGCUUCACGGCAUCAGUCUGCUAGGCAACCAGUUGGAAGCCACGCUGGGUCUGUGUUGGCCAGACACAGUGGAGACGGCCAGGGCGGGGUUCGAGGGCGCCCCCCCUGAAGAGCUGCCUCUCCUAAGCCGGCAGGCGACAGAACGGGCCAUGGAAAUACUGAAAAUACUCUUCAAUAUCACAUUUGACACCAACAGACGCAAGGUUGACGAGGAGGACGCAGCAGAGUACAGACAUGUGGGAGCCAUCCUGAGACACUGUCUGCUGAGCCAGGCCGAGGGAGAGGAGCGGAAUGAGGAGUUCCACAGCCACACUGUUAACCUGCUAGGAAACCUCCCUCUGCCCUGUCUGGAUGUACUGCUGAUGCCCAAAGUUCAUCAAGGCUCUAUCGAGUACAUGGGGGUGAACAUGGAUGCUGUCAACAUGCUGCUGGAGUUCAUGGAGAGUAGACUUGACCAGGGGCGUAAACUGAAGGAGACCCUCCUCCCAUCACUGAACCUGCUGACUGAGAGUGCCCGAAUCCACCGAGAGACCAGGAAGUUCCUCAGGUCAAAGGUGUUGCCCCCACUGCGUGAUGUGAAAACCAAGCCAGAGGUGGGCAACGCUCUGAGGAACAAACUAGUGCGCAUUAUGACGCACAUUGACACCGACGUCAAGGACUGUGGAGCUGAGUUCCUGUUUGUUCUCUGUAAAGAAAAUGUUUCAAGGUUCAUUAAGUACACUGGAUACGGGAAUGCCGCAGGUCUUCUGGCGGCCAGAGGACUGCUGAGGGGGGGCAGAGACUCUGGGAUCUACUCUGAGGAUGAAGAGUCUGAGACAGAGGAGUAUAAAGAGGCCAAGGCCCAUAUUAACCCAGUGACAGGAGUGGUGGAGGAGAAUCAGCCCGAUCCCAUGGAGGGAAUGACAGAGGAGCAGAAAGAAUACGAAGCCAUGAAGCUGGUCAACAUGUUUGACAGACUGUCCAGGAACAACAUGAUCCAGCCCAUGCAGCUCGGUAUGGACGGGACGAUGAGAGAGGUUGCGCCGGAGGAUCUGCACAAGCUGGCCCACAAUCCUUUGUUCCAGCAAGAAGAGCGUAAUAAUUCAGACAGUGAACCUGAAGCCUAGAAACAUACAGUAGAAGCAUAAACGCAGACACAGAUUGAAUUCCUGUUACAGUCAUGGAAGAUCUUUCUCAUUAUUUUUGACAUUUUCACAUCACACUUUCCAACCUAUUCCUGUUUACGUCUUUUGCUGGGAGGGGUAACUAGAAAAAAAUGGGAUUUGAAGCUUCUUUUAAUGUGUGCUCUCAGGUCAACUUCACAUCACCAAUGUUUGCCGUCCGAUAACUAUUGGUCUGUUUGUAGAUUAGAGCCAGACAUUGGUUUUAGUUUAAGCAUAUAAUACCAAGCUGCUUGUGGGGCGCUAGGAGCACUAACAUCCCAAGAGAUUUUAAACCGUUUAAACAGAUAUUACACCUCUUCACAUCGUGGUAUCACAUCUGCACAUUUGUACCAUUUGACAUGAGCUGGCUUAUUUAUAGAUUUGUUCAAGGACGGUUCAGGAAGGUUUGUAACCAAUGAAAGUGUUCCUCAGUCAAAAACAAUCUCAAAGAUGCUCCAUCUUUCUAUUGACAGUGAUGUAAGAGUUCAUAAACUUGAGGCAGCAUGUGUCAAAAAAUGUGUGGAAAAUCUUGGAGAUAACACUUUAAAUAGUUAGCUUUUAGAACGUUUUACCACAAAUGAUUUGAGGUUGAACAAUAUGGAAUAUGAUAAGUGUUGGAAGUGAUUUGAUGAAGAUGUAUAUCAUUUCUACUUUUCAGCCAAAGAGCUGUACUCCAGUGAAGAUGGAACCCACUGUAUUUUUGAAUUGUAGAUGCCUGCUGUUUUGCAAGACCCUUAAGAUGUUUUAUUUUUAGAUGUAAAACUGCAGACAAAAAGAGUGAUAAAAUACUUUUAUGUGAAGAAAGUUUAAAAUCAAUCCACAAAUUAUAUAUUAAAUGUUUAUUUCUUUAUAUUAAUAGAUGUCACCUCUAUUAUAGACUGUAAUAUAUAAUAAAUAUAUCCAAAUGUUGUCUCCUA